CUUAUUGUUAAUUUUAUCUUGAUAACGUUUGUUGAACUAGACGUACAAGAUUUUUUUUCAGUUGUAACGUUAAUGUGAUUAAAAUAAUAUGGAUGUUGAGUUUCUGAGGUGUCAAUAUGAAGAUGGGUUUAGUGGAGUUCUUACCAAAUAUAGGUUCAACAUCGGCAUCAGGCACAUACAAUUGUUGUACAUGUUGGCUAGUUCUGUGUCUCUUGGGUUGGUGAGAGGCAGCACUGGUGUGGCUGUGCUGGCCAUUAAUGAUGAAACUAGACUCAAUGAUACGUAUAUACAGGUGCAUAAUUGGGAUAAAAGAAUACAAGGUGCAGUGCUGUCAUCUUUUUUCUUCGGAUACGCAAUGACCUUAGUGCCUGCCGAUUUAUAUCUUAAAAGAAUUGGGGGGAAGCUAAUCCUUACCUUAAUACUUGCUGUAAACGGUGCAUUAUGCGUUGCAAUGCCAACCAUUGUUAAUAAGGGUGGUUGGGUGGCAGCAUGUAAUGCUCAGCUGUUCAUGGGAAUGUCUCAUGGCUGUUUCUCCUCUGUCUAUGAAACGCUUUUGGAAAGAUGGACACCACCAAAUGAGAGGGCUGUAUUCAACAAUAUAAUAUACUCCGGACUGCACCUCGGCAUCAUACUAGCAUUCCCAGUAUCAGGACUGCUGUCCCAAAUGCCACUGGGAUGGGAGUUCAUAUACUAUGCUCUUGCAAUGGUCACGCUAUCGUUGGCGGUGAUUAUUGGGACCCUGACAGCGAGCACACCGGAAGAACACCAGGCUAUUGGAGAUGAUGAGAAAGAGCAUAUUAAUGAAACACGAAGUCUUUAUCGAAAGAAAGUAUUAAGAAGACCUUGGCGUCGAAUAGUAAAGUCGCCAAAAUUUUGGGCUAUAGCAUGCGCACACGCAGCUAGUAACGCAUUAUUUGUUUUCCACCUGACUGUCGUUCCCUUAUAUUUCAAAAUGCAAGGAUUACCUAAAUUAACUGUCCACUAUUAUUCAGCCAUGCCUUUUGGAGCAAUGUGGAUUUCUAAUUUAAUAACAACCAGUACUUUGGAUUGGAUGUUGAAGUUUGGAUGUAUGGACUACAUUUUCAAUAUGACCUACUUCAGAAAACUUAUUAACGCUUUAGGUGCAUUUGGAGUGAUUAUUGCUCUAACUAUCUUACCGAGUUUGGGAGUUGGAUGGCCCUCGACGACUGUGCUAACAGCUGUGUUAGCAAUGCUUGGCUUCCAAUUAACCGGCUUCUUGAAUUCUUACAAAGACAUGUCAGAGAACUUCGCCGGUACUCUACUGAUGAUGACCAGCGCCUUCAGCAGUAUCAUCGGUGCUGCCGUCCCUUUCGUGUGUGGAUGUAUACUUAAGGAUGAUUAUACAGACUUAAAACGAUGGCGGGUAGUGCUGCUCACUUUGGCCAGCAUCUACGCGGCAUGUAACGUCUUCUACAUAGUAUUUGGAAACAGCAAGAGACAGGACUGGGACCAGGAGAAUGUUGCAUCCAAAAUGGGACAUUAUAAUUGUGUUAUUGAUGUAACCCAAGUCCAACUGGACGAAUUCAACACAAGAAUGUUUCGGGAAAAAUACGUUGACGACACGACUUUCUGACAACAGAUGUCCUUCAUUAGUCAAAUUGAUUUACGCGAGUUAAAAAUGGAUCAUUUGUUUAAUAUUAAUAAAAUAUAAUGCAAACAUAA